AUGGAAGGCCGAUCGACAACCUCAAAGCCCGUUGUCGCAUCGCCCUCUCAAUCAUCGACGGCGACCGACUCCAACAAGGCGUCCGCCGCUCGUCCUCUCUAUAGCAGCAAGCUCGGUGACCAGCGAUCAAGGGCCGCAGAGGCAACCGCUUCGCCUCCGACUUCAAGACAACCUCCUGUCCAGCAAAAAGCGUGGACUUCGAACCGAAACCCUAUCACCGGUCGAUCGCAAACUCCGCAGGGCAAGCAGUCUGUGACGAGCUCCCUUCGCGAAGGCCAGCGAGUUCGCAUUACGUUGACCUCCGGUGCCGAGUUCGAGGGCACGUACAGCAACGGUGCCGACGCUGCCAGCUGCCGCUUGAGCAUGGUACAGCAGAAGAAAUCUUCCAACUCGACCGACCUCACAAACGGAUCCGGUAGAACAGAGCAGCCCACAAUGACGCUCCAACGUAAGGAUAUCGCGGAUGCCCGCGUGCUAUCCAACAACAACAACAAAAAUGACGGAAGGGCCCCGAACGGCAAUCGAUCCUCUUUCCGGACCGACGCGGCCAUCUCCAAUUCCCGCCUUGGCCCCGAGAGGGCGCUAAAGGCCUGGGUUCCCGACACCAGUUAUGAAGUCGAUGGGUCGCUGGAAAAGUCGAGCGGUAGCGGAAGCGGUAGUAAGAACAACGGCGUUCCUUGGGACCAGUUUGCGGAGAAUGAGCGGCUGUUUGGUCUGAGGACCGACUACGAUGAGAAUAUCUACACAACCACCAUUGAUAAGAGCCAUCCGCAGUACAAGGAGCGUCUGGCGGCCGCCGAUCGGAAGGCGCGCGAAAUCGAGCGGAGCUUACCCACCACUUCCCACGUCGCGGAAGAGCGUGUGAUGGACUUUGUUGGAGGGGAGGACCAAAGGGACGAGGAGGAUAAAUAUAGCGGUGUACGCCGGCAGGACUUCCCACCUCUCAAUCCCCGAGAGAACAAGUACACGCCGCCAGCUCGCCGUGCGCCCACCGGUCAGGCCACCGUGAAGGGUGUUCCGGUUGACCCAGCGAUUAUCUCAUCGCAACUCAAAGCCGCGCCCGUGCCCAAACCCGCCCCGGCCCAACCUUCAAAGCCGAUCGAGUCGAAGCUCGAGAAGCCCGUUGCCCCCGUCACCGAUAAACCAGCCGAACCCAAGGUCGCCCCGGCCGCGACCAGCGUCGAAGGGAAGAAAUCGCCCGAAAGCAAGGUAGAACCUGCUGCCGACGCCAAAACCGCGGAGGCCAAGGAUGCCACCGCUACCCGCCCCUCGGGCAGCAACGCUCGCAGCACCCCGAAGGCUGGCCCAGUACCGGGCGUGACUGCCAACGUCGAGCGCGACGUGCUGUCCUCCUUUAAGAACUUUGCCGUUACACAGCGGUCCAUGGCCGAGAAAGUCAGGACCACGAGGGCCAAGGCUGACAAGGAGGUUAAGCUGACGGAGCUCAAGAAGUUUGCGGAGAACUUCAAGCUCUUCACACCCGUCCCCACUGACCUGAUCUCCAUCAUUGCCAAAGACCCGGCCAAGCAGAAGCAGAUUCAGGACAAGGCGAAGCUCAACAUGGAGGUGCUGGCCAAGCAGAAGGAGGUCAAGGAGAAGGAGCCGGCCCCGCCGGUCAAGGAGGGCCCGGGCAAGACGAGUGCCGAACAAUCAGGCGCCUCAACACCGGCCGCCACCACCACCGAGACUCGUGCCUCCCGUCCCCCUGCGCCGCAGCAUUCGGGCUCGUCUUCGGGCGUUCCGGGGCGUCAUCCGGGUGCCCGUUCUUAUAACCCCCAGUCUCACUACCAAUACAACCGGAACAACCGCGGGCCGCCCCACCUGGCCGCCCAGAACCAGCCCACGGGCAACCUUGCGCAGCGGCUGCGAAACGUCGAGCAGCAGAAGAUGCAGCACCCUCACAUGGGCCAGCAUCACGCCCCUCCGGACAUGCGGCUUCCCCCUACCGGGCCGGCUAACAGCGUCGACCCCGCCUUUGGCCGCCGCAUGAACGCCGUCCCGCCCGCAGCUUACAUGGGCCCCAAGCUGAACCCCAACAGCCACGAGUUCCGCCCGAACGCGUUUGCCCAGCCGUUCAACCCAGCCGUCCCAAGCUCUGGCUCGUCUCCCCGGUCGUCCGUUAACAACAUUGCCGAGGUGCCGGCCCCCCCGCCUCCGGCCAAGGGACAGCUCAUCCGCCGCAAGACCAGGGCCGUGGACGUCAAGAAGUGCUUCAUCCUAUCGCAUAUCAAGACCAUUCAGCCGCCCGAGGGCCGCAACUGGGAUGACAACGAUGGCCUUAAGCCUUCCUUCGACACACUCCCCACCUGGCGCCAGCUUCAGGAGCAGACCGAGGCCCCCGACUCUACCAUGCAGCUGACGUACAAGGAGUACUUUGAGCGCCUCCCACUCGCCAGCGCCGCUGUUGCGACCCCGAACCCGACCCACGUCAUGCCCCAGGUUGCCCAUCAGCAUCAACUCCCGUUCCACCUGCAGCAUGGUGCUCAGAACAUGGCCCCGCGCCAGUCACCACACAUGCCACCGAUGCAGAUGCACGCCGGGCAGCAGCAUGGCCACGCUCCCCACGUGCCCUUCAGCAACGGGGAUGAUCAUAGGAUGAUGCACUCCAACUCAGCCCAGUCAUUCGCGUCUCCUAGGAUGGGACCGGUGCCCAUGGCCUACCCGCCUGGAGUGAACCCGCAGGGACAGAUGCCGUACGGCCAACCCAUGAUGCAACCGUACAUGAACGCGGCGCCCCAGAUGGGCCAGUUCCGCAGCUUCUCGCAUAACCCUCAAUUUAUCCCCCAGCAGCCGCACCACAUGGGAGGACCCAUGAUGGUGCAACAAGGCUUCAUCCCCGGCCCCAACGGCAUGGUGGCUGCUGGUCCCAUGUACCCAGGCGCCCAGCCGCACUUCGUUCCCGCCGGCGGCGCCCCUCCUCAACCCGUACCGGGCUCGAACGGCUUUCCCAGCCCGGGCCGUCCGACUGCCCCAAUGAUGGCCCACCAGGGUUCUCACCAGGGCUCCCAUCAAGGUCAGCAGGCCAUGUACGGUAUGAGCCCCGGCAUGCCGUACCAGCAACCGGCCUACUCGCAACAGCAACCGCAAGGCAAGUUCUCGGGCCAGCGGCCGCAAUGA